AACACCACGCCCUUCCAGCCAUGGCCUCAAAAUCAGCACCCCUAAUAGCGCCUCUCCUGCGCCGAGCCCUCGCUCCACGAAACUCCCUCCGCCCGUUCUCUCCCCGCCGCGCGCAUCCCGCCUCAUCGCCCGCCAUCGUCUCUACAGUCCACCUCCGCUUCGCCCACGCCAUCCCCCGUCCUCCUCGCAAGCUCCCGCAAAAGGAACCCACCACCGCAGAUGCCCCCGCCAGCGAAAGCGACCGUCCCGAGCUCAAGGGCCCGGCAUUCUACCAGCUGUCCUUCACUUGCGUGCCCUGCGGCCAUCGCUCGCACCACAAUGUCUCCAAGCAGGGCUACCACCAUGGGUCUACGCUGAUUACGUGCCCGAGCUGUCGCAAUAGGCAUGUCAUUAGUGACCACCUGAACAUCUUUGGCGAUCGAAAAAUCACUGUCGAGGACUUGAUGAGGGAGAAGGGCCAGCUGGUCAAGAGGGGUUCCUUGGGCGAAGAUGGAGACAUUGAGUUUUGGCCUGAGGAAGUGGUACCGGAGGACUUGGCAGAAGUUGUGGGAAAAAAUACAAAGGGCUCUUCAUGAGGGAGCUGGACUGUUGCAUCUAUGCAUGUAUAUAUAUACCGUCGAUGGAUGGCGUUGAAGGGUUUUGGUAGGAGGAAGGGAUCUUGAACGGAUCUCCAAGUCAUCCGUGCCCAAUGACAGGCUUACGCUCUAUCCAGAGGAAAUUAUCUAUGGGGGAGGACAUUGUAAGAGUAUCUAAAAGUCAUAUACACGGCGUCAGGGAUUAUUGGUAGGAAAACUCCUCAAUUUUCAAAAAGUAGCGACCGCAUAUCAAAGGGGGAAUUCCAAAGGAAUCUAUUUUGAUCCCUU